UCGUGCCAGGACUCGGAUUGUUUUGUAAAUUCAUGCAUUCUUUCCCGCUUUCCACUUAUUUUGUGCUUUAAGUCAGCGAUAAGGACUAAGGACAAGGUGUUUUGGGCAUUUUCCCCCGUUUUUCAUUCAAUAAUCGAGAAAGGUCAGCUAGCAGGCGGUCAGGUACAAAAUUUGAAUUUUUAGGGGGAGCCAAUUUCAACCUGAUGAAAUCAUGAAUAAUCCAUACCUGGACAUCACCUUCGAACCUGAUGGUGGUGAGGAGGCAGGCCAGUACCUGGAACUGUGGAAGCCAUCGGCGAAGCUGAGUCGGCUCGAGAACGCGGCCAAGGGAGAGUAUUCGUACCUGCUAUUCAGCCUGAGCUAUGCAAUUCUACCAAGCAAUGCUUGCGUUGACCUGAAAUAUGCCACCAUGAAUGUGAGGAGCCUCGUCAACUACGUCCGACCGGACUAUUUUGGCUACGAUGUGAUCAAGUUCAGUGACACGAAUGGCCUUGCUUUCUUGAAGGCUAUUCAGGACAACCUUCAGUACGAAGAGGAUCUGUGUGACAGUGACAGCUUUUUCAAUAUGCUUGCCAUGUUUUCCACUCUGAAUAAUAUGGCAUCGAUGGGAGAAAAUGUGCACCGCAACCCUGACGAUGCACAGUGCAGCAACUACCUCAUGGAGCCGGCCGUUCUUCUUCAGCUGCCUUUUGACUCUGCCAAAUUUCUGCAAUGGCUCGCCCUGGCACAGAAUUUGGUCUUCAGCUUGGAGUUGGAGAUGGUCGAAUUCGUCUCCGGUUGGCCUUUGGACGCCAAAGUUGCUGACGUUUACCUGCAACUGUUGCUCAUGGUCCGGAAAUUGAAACAGAGGGUGGCCUUUGGAUUUGCUUUGAUUGCUGACAUGAUGGACAGAUAUCCUGGCAAGGACGAAAAGUUUCCGGCAAUGAUCAUGAAAGAGAUUUUGCUUCCUUGUGCUCCUUUGAUUAGCUUUUUUAAGGACAGAGGAAUGUUGAUGUUGGAGCAGGUGAAGAAGCAGAGUUGGCCGUUUAAGAAAAGGUCAAAGGACAGAGAGGAACUGGUCACUUUUUCUGGAUCGCUGCUAGAUCCAGCACUGGAUGCAGUUUUCUCUCAUUGCAUCUUUUCCAAUGACUACUGGGAAAACUUUCAGAAGCAAAAUUGUUUUUUUCCUCCACUGGAAGACAAUUUUGAGGACCUUCUGGAAAGAAUUUGCGAGUGGGAAUCUGAUGAGCAGACAAGUGCUUGCUUGAAACCAUUCAGUCUAAGUGAAGAGGAUCAUCGGCCUGACAAAGAAGAGUGCCCUGAGAACUUCAGUCUUAAGGAGUCAAUCAAGUCGAUUUUUGAACUGUGCGUCUCGUCCGGAAUGGUAAAGGUGGAUUCCAAGAUCAAAACUGCAGCUGACCUGUACUUGGUGCUAAAAGACUUGCCAAAGGAAAAGCUUGCUCCGUUUAGCUGCAUUAAAAAGUGCGCUAGGACGCUGGAAAUUUUGAAGAAAAAGCAAAAGAAGGACAUUGUCAUGGGUGUGACUGAGUACGUGACUCAGAAACACUCCCUGCUUCAAACAAAGAGGAGAAUUGCAUUGGCCUGCAAAAGUCUGGCCGAAAUCCUGAAGAAAAAUCUGGUUGCGGUGAUGAAGGACGGGAAAAUUCCCCCGUUUGACGCUGAAGAAAUCAAAUCUUCGAUUGGGACUGUAAAGUCCCAGAAAGUUACCAAAGAGGAUAUUCUGAAGUCUGGCUUCUCAGAUGUCUUCGCAACAGGAAUUCUGCCAAACCUGCCUAAAUUUGAAGUGAAGGAUGAACAUGAAGACUACUUAAACGAAGUUGCGAAUUAUUUCCAGAUCAAAAUUCGCACUCUGGUUUACAAGAUCAUGAAGGACAGUCUGGCUUGCCUGGACAACAAGUUUUUAGAAGUUUACCAAGACUGGGAUUUCAUCCAAUAUCUCUUGCCCACACUGAUUGCUCGCUUCCUCACAGUGAAGCGGGCGUUUGGCUCAAAAGUCAGCAGCUCUCGCAUCUUCCGCUUCCUGGACGAGUUGGUCGGUUACUACCAAGAACAAGUGGAGAGCCACAUUGUCUCCAAUGGCACUCCUACUCCACCCCCAACCCCUAACCUCCUUCAACUUGAAUCAAAAUAUUCGACAUUCAAAAUCUGCGAUUGCACUGGGGUCAACUACGGCCGCCUUAGCUCCGCUUACAGCAUCAUGGCCAUGAGAUAUGAAGAGUUUACUCGUUUGAUGGAGUGGAUUGGCUUUGGAGAGAAUUGCGAGAACAUUUACCAUGCCCCUGGUCUAGUAAAGGGUGAUGAUUACAAAUGGCUCAAAACUAGUGAUUCUGUGGGGAACUUUAAAACAUUCAAGAGAUUGUUCUGGAAAAUCAAUUCCGAACUAAGUGAAAACCACAGGCAGCAAAUGGAAUCAAUUCUCAAUGGCUUUGCUAACUCGUUGGAAAAGUUUCGGGAUCGAAUUUUCGUGCUACUAAUGCUGGCAAGAAGGAGCUUUGGCCUUCCACCUUAUGGUGCUGUUAUCCCAAGCAAUACUCGGCUGUCAAACUUGCAUCAGACUCUGGCCAUCUUGAGUGAAAUGAAAAUCUUUACCGAGAUCAGCCUUUUUCAUCUCUGGAAGGACGCUGACAUUCCCGUUUGCUUCUUCUACUUGGCCAUAAUGAAAUUCUUUCACCUCUGGAACAGUCACUUACUAGGAAUUGAUAACCCUGCUAGGUUCUGCAUGGACAAGUAUCACUCAGGGAGGUACUGCAACACUAUGACUGACAAUGCUAAAGUGAAUCCCGAGCUUCACUUACUCAAACUCAGCGAGAUCUUUGCUCAGCUCCGCAAGAGAGACAUGGAGGUGUCCAAAGGUCACAUUCCUCCUUAUUCGGUGCCCAUCGAGUGUGGCAGUUUGGUCCGAGAGACAGUCCAGCAGUUUAUGGAUGGCGACGUUGAUGCCUUCCUGCACACCAUCAGGUGCCUCCUGUUCCCCUCGGCAGAGGAAGAGGAAAAUGCGCCGAAAAGAAAGAAGGUCUGCGCUGUGUGCGGUCUCUGGGAGGGCUACAUGGGCGCCAAGCUAAAACUUUGCCGAAUGUGCAGGGAUGACAUUGACAACACCAGUGUGCCAAAGUUGUGGUACUGCGGCAAACUGUGUAAGAAGAAGGCCUUCAAAGACGGCACACAUAAUGCACUGCAUGAUGAAUACUUGAUCAGUCAACUGCAGAUUUAAGGAUUUAAUCAAAUACACACUGAUACACACAACAUUUGUCAUUUUAAUAAAUUCGCACUUGUCUAAUUUUGAUAUCUGUAGAUUAUAUGAUAUUAUU